UCUUAAUUAACUACUAUGAUUUAAACUCCCAGUACUAAUAACUGCCCAGGAUCAAGAAGCUCUUUGGCCUCAUUCCUCCUCGAUCUCCUCUCUCUUUUUAUCUUUAUAAGAUCUAGUCCACUCCGGUGUUAGUUAAUUGCACCAUAUAUAUACGUACACCCUCUUUUUAAUUAAGAACACGUGUAGUAGUACUCUCUCUCGCUCUCUCUCUCUUUCUCUUUCUCUUGUCAAAGUAAAGAGUGAUGAUGGGUCAGGGAAGAAGCAGCAGUGUAGCUCAAGCAAUGGCCACUCUUCUUCUGGCUCUCCUGUGCCUUCUUCUCAACAGCGGGGUCUCGAACGCAGCCACCUACACCGUCGGCGGCAGCAAUGGAUGGGCCGUCGGCGUCACGAGCUGGCCCAACGGAAAGAAGUUUCAGGCCGGCGACGUGCUCGUUUUCAACUACAGCCCUUCGACCCACAACGUGGUCCAAGUCGGUGCCGCAGGCUACAGCGGAUGCAGCGCUCCGAGCGGGGCGAAAGUCUUCAAUUCGGGAAGCGACCGUGUCACUCUCAGCAGCGGGACCACGUACUUCAUCUGCAGCUUGGCCAGCCAUUGCCAGUCAGGGAUGAAGCUUGCUGUCACGGCCACCUAAUUAAUUACAAGGAUAAUAUAAUCUUUGAUUGAUCAGUCGGAGCUUAUAAACAUAUAUAAAUAAAAGGAAUAUAUAUGUAUGCAUGGUUAUUUAUGCCUAGCUAGCUAGCUAGCUAGCUAGUAGAAGUGCUUAUUAUAUAUAUAUAUAUAUAUAUUUAUAUAUAUGUGUGUGUGUGUGAGGAAUUAAUAUUAUGUAUAAUAAGUUGGUCUGUGUGAUGUUGUUUGUUGAUCUCUUAUAUAUCCUUCAUAUGGAAGGUUUAAUUGUCACACUAUGAAUUAAUUGGUACUCUUCGAUCAGUAUUAAUUAAAUAUAUAUACCAGAGAUGCAUGGUUUGAAGUAUGAA